AUGUUCCAAAUAACCCCACAAUUGUUCGACAAAAUCAAACAUUUCGCGCGAUUCCCACAAACCGGUGUCUCGCUUCGACAAAUGGUCAUGUUUGGCCAAAAGCCUUCUGCAGGGACCCUGUUUAAAGCAAGUCAAUUUUUGCAUGAGGAAUUACCUAUACGGCUUGCCCACCGCGUCAAGGAAUUACACGAACUCCCUUAUGGCCUUGGUGAAAUGCCUUCCAUAUUAAAAGUGAAGGACUGGUAUGCUCAAUCAUUCAAGGACUUGAUCGAUUUACCGCAUCCACAACUCUCGAGCGAAAUCAAAGAACAAUUAAAAAAUGCACAGAAAAGCGAUCCCAGAGCACUUCCUCCAAGUGUUCCCAACCCAUCUAUCCGUCCCAUGAAGCCCUCCAUCAACGCAAUCCAUCCUUCCGUUCCUAUUGGACACCGAUACUACAACAACAUCAACGAUCUGGCAUGCUCUCCUGAAAUGACGACAUAUACCGACACUUUUGUCAAGACCAUCGAGACUAUUAAGCGGAGACACGAUCCUGUCGUUACUACGGUCGCACAAGGCAUUUUGGAGUUCAAAGAGAAGCGCAAGUCCAAUUUAAUUGAUACCGAUGUGCAGCAAUUUUUGGAUCGUUUUUACAUGUCACGUAUUGGUAUUCGUAUGCUUAUAGGUCAACACUCUGCGCUAUACCGCCUCCCCUCACGCAAAGACUAUGUUGGCGUAAUUUGCACCAAGACCAAGGUUCAUGAUAUUGCCCAGGAUGCGAUUGCCAAUGCCCGCUAUAUCUGCGAAGAGUACUAUGGAUUAUUUAAGGCUCCUGAGGUCCAGAUGUUUUGCCCGGGGGAUAUCGAGUUUAUGUAUGUUCCAUCGCAUUUGAACCACAUGCUCUUUGAACUUCUCAAGAACUCGCUGCGUGCUGUUGUCGAGCGAUUUGGAAUCGAUUAUGAGGACAAUUACCCGCCUAUCAAGCUCAUUAUUGCUCAUGGAAAGGAGGAUAUCACCAUAAAAAUCUCAGAUGAAGGUGGCGGCAUCCCUCGUUCGGGUAUCCCGCUUGUGUGGACAUACAUGUAUACUACGGCAGAAGCACAGGAACUGGAGCCAGAGUAUAACCGAUCUGAUUUCAGAGCACCUAUGGCUGGCUUUGGCUACGGUUUGCCUAUCUCACGUUUGUACGCACGAUACUUUGGUGGUGAUUUGAAGCUGAUAUCAAUGGAAGGAUACGGCACGGAUGUAUACCUACACCUCAACAGACUCUCUAAUUCGGACGAGCCUCUCAUGUAA